AUGGACGUUAUAAUUAAAAAGUAUCAGCAGAGAUUCAGGAAAGUGAAGGAAGAGAUGGAGAAGUGGAAUGAGCUACAAUCUCGAUUACUAUCUCAAUUCAACAAUGCUUCUUCCAUCAUUCAGAGGUUACAGAUUCUUCAGGAUUCUAAGAACUAUGGUGCUUUGACAUGUGUUGAAGCCAUUCAGGAAGCUGUCUUGCUGAAACAGAUGAAUUCUCUACAAAAUAUCUUGCUUUCAAUGAAUGAAACUAUGGAAAAGUUUCAUGUGGUUGUGUUGUCGCUUGAUAAGAUGGUUCGUGAUGGUAGACAGCUCAUAAAAGGGGGAUCCGUUCAGAAGAAUGUGAAACAGCUACAGCAACACGUCGGGAUGAAGCCUAGCAUUGCUGAUUGCUUGGAUGGGCUACAACUUCUUUAUGAGAUGCACCAAUCAGAGUACCGUCUGAAAUUGUCGGUCAUAUCAGCAAUUUCAGCAUUUGCUUUACAGCCUAGUGCAACUGAUGAUUUAGCUGCACUUCAGCAACUGUUGGAUGAUCAGCCUAACAUCCCCAAAGAGGAAGUUCAAGUCAUUUUUGAAAUCAUAUUUGCUGAAGAGAUAGCUUGA